UCUCAGCCCUUGGGGCUCCCGCCUCCUGCUCCUCUGGGGCCUUUUGCCUGAGGCUCUAAACUGACUUCUUCCUUCCGGGAACCCAAGCAUCCUCACUCCAUUUAGUUCUGAUGCUCCGCUCUCCCUGCUUCCGUACCUCCACCCCACUUCUAGAGCUGAUCCGCAAACUGGGGAUGCCCAGGGGCGCUCCCCCAUUUCCUUUGAAUUCUUAGAACUGUCCUUGCGCCGGCAUAGCUUCUUGGCUUCUGAAUCUGCAGGUUCUGCUUUGCUCCCUUUCUUAGGAAGCAGGUAGUCCAAUUCCUAGAGCCUCUCUUCUUUAGGCUUAGUCCCUGCCUCAGCCCCGGAGUCUCUCCUUUCCCCCCCUCCCCGUUUACCUGGACACUCCAGGAUGAAAGGAGGAGAGGGGGAUGCAGGAGAACAGGCCCCCCUCAACCCUGAGGCUGGAGAGAGCCCUGGAGGUUCAGCCACCUACCGGGACUUUGUGCAUCGAGGCUACCUGGACCUCAUGGGAGCCAGCCAGCACUCAUUGCGGGCCCUUAGCUGGCGCCGCCUCUACCUCAGCCGAGCCAAACUCAAGGCCUCCAGCCGAACAUCUGCCUUGCUCUCCGGUUUUGCCAUGGUGGCCAUGGUGGAGGUCCAACUAGAGACCAACCACGACUACCCCCCGGGGCUGCUGGUGGCUUUUAGUGCCUGUACCACAGUGCUGGUGGCUGUCCAUCUCUUCGCCCUCAUGGUGUCAACCUGCCUGCUGCCCCACAUUGAGGCCGUCAGCAACAUCCACAACCUCAAUUCUGUCCACCAGUCUCCCCAUCAGCGACUCCACCGCUAUGUGGAGCUGGCCUGGGGUUUUUCCACAGCCUUGGGCACUUUUCUCUUCCUGGCCGAAGUGGUCUUGGUUGGCUGGGUGAAGUUCAUGCCCAUUGGGGGGCCUACAGUGGCCCCUGUGCCUGAAAUCCCUUCCUCCUUGACCUCAGGGGGUCCAGAGAGCCCUUUACCUGAUGCACCAACCUCCAUGGGCCCAAGUCCUGGACUAUCCCUGACAGAGCCAGUGGUCCCCUUGAAUCCCCCAACUGUGACCUCAGUCUCGGAAACGCCACCCAGAGCUGGGCCUUCAACUGUGACCUGCCCACAGAAGUGCGAGGGGCCAGUGGCCUCACCACAUGGGCCUGGGUGGCAUGCCGCAAUGGCCUCAACAGUGAUCAUGGUACCCGUGGGCCUGGUUUUUGUUGCCUUUGCCCUCCACUUUUACCGAUCUCUGGUCGCUCAUAAAACAGACCGACACCAGCAGGAACUGGAAGAGCUGAGCCGCCUCCAGGGAGAACUUCAGGCUGUGUGAGGUGGGAGAGAGCAAGGGAAGGAACAGGGCUUUGGGAAGAAGCAAAUGGAAGAUGAAGCAGCAGCCAUCACAGCAAUGGAUUGGAAGGGGCCCCAGCAACAGAACUACAGGGUCUCCUCAAGGUAGGCCCAGGAAGGAGGCCCCUGGCAGCCUGAUCCAGGUCCACAACCACCUGCCAGGAGCCCUGGGCCGAGAGGAGGAGCCCUAUACCACCUAUCACAAAGUGGAAGGAUGCACUCAGGUAGAGGGACAUGAUUUCCUCCCCCUCAGCCCCGAAGCCCUGAGAAUAGUGGGAAGGCUCAGGUCAGGCUGGCCUUUAAGGGAGAUCCCAGUGACACACAGCACUACCCAUUUGGUUUUCUCUAAACUGAGCCCCGAUUCCCUUGCCUUCCCUUUCCCAUAGAGCCUAUUGUGAUGGGGCUUGGUAUAUUCUGAGAUCCUCCUCACAAAGGCAUCCUCUUUGGAGAAACAUACGUUUGAUCUGUGAUGAUUUUCAUAUCAUUGAGGAUGUAUUGGUGGCAGCUCUGCCCAUUUUGGUUGCUCCUAAAGUGUUAGCUCCUACCAUUUCCUAGGUUCUCUCCCAGUAGAUUGGUGCUUCCUGGAGGAAUUCUCAAAGCCAGAGCUGACAUCUCUAAGGAAUCCUCCAAGCAUGCUGUUUAAGGAAGCCUUUCAGGAUUGCCCAAGUUCAGUCUUGGUCCUACCUCUUGAGCUCCAGGGCCGUGGGGUGGAGGUAGGUUCUCCUUAGGGUAUAAGACUUGUCUCCCUAUCUCCUCUCCCCUCCCCCCCCACCCCUUGGAAUUGUUAUUCACCUUUACACUUGGGUAGGUCCUCCAAUGCUGACCUCCAACUUUCACAUUUUGUUUCCAAGUUCUUAGAAGCCCUAGGGUUAGGUCACACAACAUUGCCUCCAAAUUGGAGGGCCCCCUCCUGUUGCCUCUUUAUUGUAAGUACUGCCCUAUGGUUCUGAUGCAUCAGAAGAAAUUGCCUUACCUCCAAACACAGCCUUUUUUUCCUGGUCUUUGUGCCAACAUCACAGGUCCCUCUCAAAGUUCCAUCUUUCCCUCCUCCUGGUCAGGGUUGGAACAGGGGAGAGGGACUGGUAAAGGGGAACAGGCUUCCAUGGAGAAAGUCCUGGCCAAUCCCAGCAGUCACAUGCCACAUAGGCUUUGCCUCACACUGAGCACCCCAGGGAUCCCUCCCCUUCCUCUGUAAUGAUGCUGGAUCAACUCUGACACUGAAUUUUCACUGUACCUUUUUUUUUUGUACAAUAAACCUUGUU